GUGCUAAAUUUCAGUGAUUUUACCUAUACAUUUUAAGCACUUAUUGACUUAUUUUAUAAGUCAUUUGAUGUAAAACCCUCAACUAUUUGUAAAUAUUAGUAUUUACUAGCAAAUUAGUAUUUUAACUAUUUUCACAUAUUUUCCCUUACUUUUGUAGGUUUUAGCUAUUAUAUAUUAAUUAUAUAAGAUACAUAUUAUUAUAUUAUGAUUAAUGUUUAUUUAUGUGUUAAUAGAUCAAAAAAGAAGUGCAAGGAUACAAUUACAAGUAGGCUUAAAAAGAAAAAGGAAACAAUGCGGUCCAAUUGGAAAAGAGGAGCAGAGAGUUAAGUUGCAGACACCACCGUUUUGCUUUCUUAAUACUAAAGGAAUUGCAUACUUAAGUGAUAUAUUAGAAAAAGCCUAUAAAAGCAAUCAGUGGUCAUUCUUACACUCACACACACAAACUUGAGAGAAUUCAGAGAGUUCAAAGACAGAGCAAUUAAAUUAGAAUUAAGCUUAGGUCAUAGGCAAGAGAAGGUGGAUCCAUCCAACUUGAGAGAUCAAGGGAUUGAUGUGCACUCUUUGUUCCUCUUUCCACAUUUGUAAGUUUACCACCAUGACAAUGAGUGGCUAAAUCUUUUGUUGUUGGGAUUAGGUGUAGCUCAUUCAUAAAUAUGUACAACUCUUAAUCAUGUUAUAUAUGUUUUAAUUUAUCAUCAACUUAGUGUUAUCUUUGAUUUGCAUGUUUAUCUUUAAGAUUUGAAUUGUUAUAGACAUAUUUCACUUUGAAUCAAAUGGAAAAGAUAAUCACUUAUUAAAAAUCCUAAAACUCUAGACAUAGAUUUAGGUUUUUAAUAUUCACUUUUGUAUUGAAACUUAAUGCUGUUGUGUUAUUCAAAUGUUUCGAGACAUCGGAGUUUAAAUAAUACAAUUUAGCCGUUAUAUUAAUUAUUCAAUCGAGACAUCGAGGAUUAAUAAGUAUAACGUGAUUCUUGUCGUUAUCUGGACACAGAAACAUCCGUGAGCAAUACGUGAUAUGUUGAUGAUUAGUUAAAAUAUAUAUGAAUGUUUUAGAAACGUACAUAUAAGUGAAAGAGUGAAGUCUAAUCCCGACAACCUUUUCUCUCUGAAUCUUUAAUCACAUUUUUAUUUACAUUUAUAUGCUUUUGCAAGUUUUUACAACAAAACAAACUUUAAAUACUUCACUUAAAAUUAUGGUAAUUGUUGAACGGUUUUUAAUAUCACACUAGUCCCUGUGGAGACGAUAAUUCUAAAACUUACUUUUGUACUCUCAACAAAAUGGCGCCGUUGCCGGGGACUGGCGUUUAGAUAUUGGAGUAUUGCAACAAUUUAUAUUCUUUUAAGUGUAUUUGUACAUAUUUGUUUAUAUUGUAUAUAAUCUGUGUGUUUUAUCCUAACCCCUCUUUGCUAGACAAAGUAGUUCUUCUUGUUAGCUAUUUGUGUUUCAAAUUCUCCAAAGUGACAUAAACCAUGACUGACCAUGGCUAUAACAACAACAAAGGUGGUGGCGUAAUGCCUUGUCACAACAGUACAAGACGGCUAGCCCACAUUGUCGGACCUCUGAAAAAUACCAGACAAAUAGAGAUAAAACCUGGGCUCCUUCAAAUCUUAUAUACUAACCCUUUUGCAGGUUUAGACCAUGAGGAUCCAUAUAAUCAUCUUGUCAAGUUUUAUGAGAUUGCUGAUACGCUCGGAGCAACUGAAGCAGAAGAAGAAAAUGUGUUCAUGAGAAUGUUUCCUCAUUCACUGACCGGGAAAGCAAAAGAUUGGUACUUGGACCAACCGGCUCAGAUUAUGACCGACUGGAACGCACUCGAGGAGAAAUUUCUCAACAGGUUCUUUCCACACAAUAAGUUCAUGGAAGCCAAGAUCGCUAUUGUUGUAUUCUCACAAGGGUCCAAUGAAACACUUUGCGAAGCUUGGGAACGGUACAAGUCUAUGUUGAGAAGAUGUCAUAACCAUGAUUUUGAUGAUCUUACUCAAAUUCAUUUCUUCCGAAACGGACUUCAACAUCAGCCAAAACUUUUCUUAGACGUAGCUGCAGGUGGUUCUUUAAUGUCAAAGAGUGCUGAAGACGCAAUAUCUAUCAUUGAGAAGAUGGCACUCAGUGAUCAUCAAGGUGAAUACAACCGGAAUCCUUCGCAAAGAAAAGCAGUAAUCAUUGAACUCGGUGCAACAGAUGCAAUGUUAGCUCAGAAUAAACUAUUGGCUCAAGUGGUAGAAGAGCUUACAAAGCAAUUGUCAAAACUUUCACAACAUAUAAUGAAGAUGCAAGAAGUGCCGAGUAAACACAAACAGGUUGCUUAUUGUGAGCUUUGCAAUGGAGACCAUCCCACCGGUUAUUGUCCCUCAUUGAAUGAAGAAGUUUACUAUAUGGGAAAUCAACAAAGACAAUGGCAAUAUCAAGGCAACACUGCUUAUCAAAGAGGAAACAAUCCAAAUUAUGGCCAGGGGUGGAGACAAGAUGCAGGACCAUACAGCGAGAAUCCUCCUCAACAAAAUCAGAAUUCAAAGUUGGAGGAAAACCUGAACAAAUUUAUGGAGAUGACUAUUUCCCAUCAGCAGGAGCAGCAUCAACAUCAUCUCAACAACGUUGCUCACCAGAAAAACACCAUUGCAGCAAUAAAGAAUAUUGAAAAUCAGCUUGGCCAGAUAGCUAAGCAGAUGGCCAAUACACAAGGAAAAACGUUUACUGCCAACACUGAAACUAACCCGAAGGAACGCUGCAAAUCCAUUUCAAGUAGGAGCAAUAAAGUGAUUGGUGACAAUUUAGAAACUGAGAAAGAAGUAAGUGAGAAGAAAAUAGAAGAAAAGAAUAAAGAGGGAGAAUUAGUUGAAAAUGAAAAAAGUGAGAAAGAAAAUGGAGAGGUGUUUGAAAACAAUGUGGAAAAAUCAUUUAGUGAGGAAGGAACUAGUAUGAAUAGUCCUUAUAAAACAAAACUUUCUGACCCACCUGCUCCUACCAAGAAAAUAGUCAUUGAGGAGAAAGUCAUUGAAGAAAAUGAAAAAUUAGAGAAAGUUGUUGUUGAGGUGAAAGAUCAAGAUGAGGGAGAAGAAAAAGUGAAAUUAGUUGAAAAACAAGAAGAAAAUAACCAAGAGAGGGUUAAAGUUAACAAGGCCGAAAUUGAUGAAGUCAUAGAAUCCAUUUGUGCCUUGUUCAAUAAAAAUCAGCUGGGGAGAGAAUGGACUCCGCAUCAUCCAUAUCAGAAGUUCAUGGAAGUUCUCCCUAUUCAACGGAAGCAAAAGAAUGAUGUGGUUUCCGUUUCAUUUUGGCCACCCUAACAUAUCAGGCGUCAAGCUAAUGACGUUAAAGAAGCGCUUGUUGGGAGGCAACCCAAUUUUCUAUCAUUACUAUUUAAUUUUUGCAAUUUAUAAAUUUAGUAUAUUUAGGCAUGUUUUGAAAGGUUUUAAAUGAGCCAAAGUUGAACCAUCAUGACUAUUUUGUGUUCAAUAUCAUAUAAAUUCAGGUUAUGCUACUGUGGUUAGUGAAACUUGUUUUGAAAGAUCUAAUAUCUAGCUUGUGCAUGUCUUAAUUUUUUAUUUAUUUUUUUUAGUUUUCAUUUAACCACAAUUGACUCCUGUGUUUGGAAACUCUCAAGCUCAACAUGGUAAACUCUGUGGACCUUUUUCUCCUAACAUAAGGCUGAUAUGCUAUCUUUGCACAGUUUUACUGCAUACCCUUUGCUUUGAAUUGUCCUUGCUGAAUGCUAGAAUUGUUUUACUUAAAUUGAAGCAUGACUAGUGAGAAGUAGAUGAUACCUUUUAAAUUAUGGACUUAUGUCAAGGACUGUUUUCUCUUAGAUUGAAUGUUGAUUAUGUUUUUGUUGCUGCCCUGCUAUUCUUAAAAGCUUACCUUGUUAAUAUGUUCAACUUUGGAUUGCAUAUGAGUCCUCUUAAUGAUGUUUCUAUAAGAUUCUUAGUUCUAAUCAUUUAUUGAAACUCAUAUUACUUUUGUGCUUUGUUGGAACUAAGGGGCAGUACUCUCUCUUGUCACAUGAAUUUGAACUUAUAAGUAGUUAGAACUGUGGCUUGGUAUUGACAUGUUGAAUUUGUGGUUAGAAUCUUGUGAGUCUAAAUGUUGAUUACUUAGAAAAAUUGCUACUGAUAGAUUUGAGGUUGCUAGCUCAUUUUAAUUGUGAUGGACACUAUCAUGAAUGCUUCUAGUUACUUUUGAGGUCAGUGAGUUAUUGUUCCAUUGAAGCUGAAUAAUGCCAUUUCAUAGUGCAUUCAUGAUUAUGCAUAUGCAGCAAGGCACACCAAUUCCUUUUGCUCGGCCUACACUUGAGAUCUUUGCUGCAUUUGUUAAAUGGCCUGGGGUCAGUCCACAUGUACUGGAGGGGGCAGCUCAUCAAAAUGAUGUUGAAGUUGGAGAUAAUAAUGAGCAAGAUGGAGGAGAGCAUGGAGCUUAAAGCACGCCAAUCCCAGUGAACUUUUACAGUUUUUAUUAUUAUUAAUUCAGUCUUUAAUUUCAGUUGACUAAUUUUGAAUAUGUUAGAUUCAUGAUGUUUGUGAAAUUUUGAAUAUGUACUCUGAACAUGUGGUACUUGGUUUUUUUUUUUUUUUUUAUUUUAUUUUUUUUUGUUGAAUUAAAUGACAUUUGGUAAUUUAUAUUAUAUUAGUAAGUAGUUACUAUUGUGAAUAUUGUGAAUACUUUUUGAAAACAAGCUCACAUGUUUUUUUUUUAAGAUCCGAAAGACAGGUUUGUGGUAAACCAAUGAGCAAACAUGAUAAUUUUGAUUUGUAGAGCUUUAUGUCAACUUUUGAUUAAUGUUUGAAAUAUGCUUAGGAACUUAACAUGUUCUUGAAUUGUGUUGUUUGUCCUAAGAUGAUUCUCAUUAUUUUUGUUGAACAUGAUUGAAGCUUGUGUUAUCCAAUCUAGCCGGGUGAGAAUGUGUGAACUUUCCAUUGUUUACAUAAAUAUUUGAGAGCCGGCAAUUGUGUAUGCUCAUUUGAUUUUAACUUAAUCUUGCUGUCAUUAAUAUGUUUGAUGUUGUGGAUAUGAUCAAGGCCUUGUUUCUUUUUGAGUGAUAACUACUUGGCCAAAUUUAACCUACCUUGUGAGAUAGUGAUCUUUUGUGUCCCCAUUUGAGCCUUAAAUUUUGAAAAUUGUUUGUUUUAUAAACCCUGAAACCAAAAGAAUAGAAAAACAACUACUCUACCCUUGUCUUAGGAUAGGAGAGCAAUUGUAUUUCAUUAAGGGUUAUGUCAAGAUUCAAGUUGGGGAGAAGUAGGUUGAAAGAAAAAUAAAUAAAUUGGUUUGAAAAAGUAGUGAAUUGGUGAUUGAAAAUAUAAAAAAAAAAAAAUUGAAAAAUAGUUGUAUGACACAAUUGAAAUUCAAAAAAAAAAAUGAGAAAAGAAAAUAAGUUUUCUGAAGAAGUGUCGGAACAAAAGAAUCACCAGAAAAGAAAAAGGGGAAAGUGAAAGGGAGUGAAUGAAUCAUGAGAUGAAAUUAUGCUGGUUUUGUGCUCUCUUAUCCUUGAGGCUUUUUGAAUCCAUAGAAAAACAAUGACUUUUUGUAGCCCAGCCCCGUUACAAGCUUUAUGAAGUCCUUAGUGAUCCACUACUGAUAGCAUGUUUUGUUAUAUUGCUUGGAUGAAUGUUUGAAUUGAAUUGUUGCAUGCACAUUGCUUGGAUUGAGUGAAACACUUGCCCUUGAGUGAUAUAUUUGUGAGAAAUUUGUGAUAACACUUGAAUCUUAAUUGUUUGAUAAGAAUGUUGAGAAUUUUGCUUAGGCGUAGCAAUCACUUCAUGAUCAUGCUUUGUUUCUUUGAAUAUUUUAAGGAUUAGUCUUUAGUUGGCAUUGCUUUACUCAUGCUAGAAGAAGAUUUUCAAACUUUGAUUGAUUACAAACCCACUCUUGAGAUUGCAAAUUUUGAGCUUGUCUAUAUUUUGAUAUUACCUUUUGUUUGAGGACAAACAAAGUCCUAAGUUGGGGAGAGUUGAUAAGUGCUAAAUUUCAGUGAUUUUACCUAUACAUUUUAAGCACUUAUUGACUUAUUUUAUAAGUCAUUUGAUGUAAAACCCUCAACUAUUUGUAAAUAUUAGUAUUUACUAGCAAAUUAGUAUUUUAACUAUUUUCACAUAUUUUCCCUUACUUUUGUAGGUUUUAGCUAUUAUAUAUUAAUUAUAUAAGAUACAUAUUAUUAUAUUAUGAUUAAUGUUUAUUUAUGUGUUAAUAGAUCAAAAAAGAAGUGCAAGGAUACAAUUACAAGUAGGCUUAAAAAGAAAAAGGAAACAAUGCGGUCCAAUUGGAAAAGAGGAGCAGAGAGUUAAGUUGCAGACACCACCGUUUUGCUUUCUUAAUACUAAAGGAAUUGCAUACUUAAGUGAUAUAUUAGAAAAAGCCUAUAAAAGCAAUCAGUGGUCAUUCUUACACUCACACACACAAACUUGAGAGAAUUCAGAGAG